GUUGCGCCGCAGAUGAGAGGUCUUUUGCCACACAGAAAAUCUUAUCACAAAAUCUUCACUGAAGCCAAUCCCACAGCAACUCACCAAUAAAUGCUGGAAAUAUUCCCAUCAUCUUACAAUUGAAAAUCAAAACAAGUAGGAAACACUACUGGUGUAAAGACACAUUCUACUUAUGUAAAGAUGGAGUUUAUUAAAGUGGAGAUUUUGGACAUGGGUGAUCCAGCACCAUGCAGAGUGAAAAGUGAAGAUACUGAGGAACAAAGAGACCUGAUUGGAGUGAAAGAUGAAAGUCAAGAACCGAGUGAAGACGAGGCGAAACAUCAGUAUCAGAAUCCUCAUAAUGUCACAACUGGAGAAAAUGCCUUAACCAAAAUUUAUUUCAUCUGCCCUCAGUGUGGAAGGAGUUUCACCCAACAACAUCACCUUAAGGAUCACAUGAGAAUUCACACUAGAGAGAGACCUUUUACUUGUCCUCAGUGUGGAAAAAGUUUCACCCAACAAGGACAGCUUAAGCGUCAUGUAAGAAUUCACACUGGAGAGAAGCCUUUCACAUGCCCUCAGUGUGGAAAGAGUUUCACACAGGCACAAAGUCUCAAAAUUCACGUUCAUGUUCACUCUGGAGAAAUGCCGUUUAACUGUGAGCAGUGUGGACAGAAAUUUGUUUUGGCAUCACACUUACAAAGACACAUAAGAACUCAUACAACGAGAGGCCCUACACAUGCUCUUUUUGUGGAAAGAGUUCUAAACGCAUCAGUGAUUUUAAAAAGCACCAAAUAACACAUUCUGGUGUUAAAGCUCAUGUGUGCUCUGAGUGUGGAAAAGCUUUUUCUAGAGCUAGUGACUUGCAGCGGCACCAAAAAGUUCAUAGUGGAGAAAAACCUUACAAGUGUUCACUUUGUGAAAAAGGUUUUAACGAGUCUUUUAAGCUGAAAAUACAUGCAAGAAUGCAUACUGGAGAGAAGCCAUACACCUGCACUUUAUGUGGGAAGAGUUUCAGCACAUCAAGUGCUCGAAUGAUUCAUAAGAAAAAGCAUUGUCCAAAGUUAUCAAAGUGAGCAAAGUUCAUAUUCAGGUCCAAAGGUUCCUUUGAAGAUCCAGGCUCAGCAGGUCCUUAGAAUGGGAGAGGAUGGUGUUUAGAUAUGUGUAGGUCCAAAAAACACAGAUAGUCAGCAUAAAGGUAGUCCAUCCUAAAUUCAGCGGUUUUAAUGUCUUCUAAAGUAAACAUAUAUUAACAAUAUUUAAAAUUUUUGGGAAGUUUUAGAACAACCUUUAUUUUUAAUGUUUCAGGAAUGCUUAGGAAAAGGUGGAAUGAUUUCUACCAUGAAGCAAGGACUGAUUUCUCUCAUUCAAAAACCAGACCAUAUACCAUAUAUAUAUAUAUAUAUAUAUAAGUUGAUUGCAACAGUGUAUUCCAACAGAGUCUUGAUCAAGUCAUAAAUGAAACACAGACAUGUUUUAUGAAAGGGCGUCACAUCAGCUGUAAUAUCCGGCUUGUUUUGGACCUCGUAGUCUAUAUGGAAGAAAUAAAUUCUGAUGCAAUAAUUAUAUUUCUCGACUUUUAUAAACCCUU